AAUUACAUUAAAUCAGCGUCUAGAUUGAAUCUCACGUCUGUGGCGUAGAUCCACGAAGACACAUUUUGAUCUCAGCUUGAGAUAAGUUGUUUUGUUAAAAUUCCAGUUUGAAGUAGAUACAUGUGCGUUGUUUAAGCUCGUAUUAUGUAUGCCGGACAAACCCUUCAGGUAAGUGCGUUUUUUCACCUCCGGUUAUAAAUAAUCCCAUCUCGGUCGAGGUAACCCAUCGCGAGGGCCUCCUCCCGCGCACCUCGCACCAGCACCACCAACAGGUGAACCCGUUCACAAGAAUAAAGCACGCAAUCGACAGCUCGCAUCCUCCGUGCGAGGCUAGGCCUCGACGAGAGGCCGAGAUCAUAAAGUAGGCGUCGCCCAUCUCAGACCUCGCCCACCUGUCAAACUGACCAUGAAGUUGCGCAUUAGCUCAACUCGGCUCUCGCAAACUAACAACACAGAGAGCGGUCCCGAAGAGGAGGUUGAGAGAUGUGUUCGAGCUAGUGACGAGAGAUGACAUCCUGAAAAGCAGACAGAGAGCGAAGAGCGACGCCAGAGACGCCGGCGCCUACAACCUGACGAAACGUUGCGCCGAUUGUCGUUUGUUCGCUCGCGGUAGUGGGGGAAAAACCGCGCUCCGUGUUGUCAGUCACUCAGUCAACGGAGGCUCUGCAUCUGGGAAGGACGCUCUUCACUUGUUCCGUGCGUUGACAUUCGCGCCAACUGUCGCGAGGGCCGAAUUGACAGUGACCGGUGACGCAGUGAUAGACCGCGAGCCUCGCGACCGCCGAACCAUGCUCGCCCACCAUCCCCUACUUGCGUAUACGAGAUACCAGUGCUGUGCAGUGCUCCUCCGCUAAGCGAGUCCGCUUUUUGGGUUCCGGAUGUUAGUGAUGUUUGUUUGGUGGAGAAAAUGAACUAGAGAAGAGCGAAAAGUCGGCCAAGAUUUUGCGAACGUCGUCCAGGAGCGCGGCCAAAAUGCCGAGACGAAAACAGGAUUGCCCUAAAAGGAUGAAAUGUAAGCAUCUUUGGUGUCGUAGUCCCCAUGUCGUGCCAGUGCCAUCUGCGUGGCGUUAGUCCGUCUCUGGAAUUUUCUUGCCGUCUCGGCUGCAAAGUUCAUAAGCGGGGAAGGUGGCGAGGAAGGCUCGCCGGAAGAAGGCGAUAAAUUGGAGGGCGACGAAGACACCGGCUCCAUGACGCCCAACUCGGCCGCCUCUCCCGCACCUCCUGAAGAAGAGGCCGCUUCGCCGACUCCCGGCGAUGUCCCCACUCCCUCUAGUCCACGCUCCAUCAGCGAAGAUCCUCUCAACUGCAGGGAUUUACCGAAUUCCCGGUGCAAUUCUCGCGAGUCAUCGGAUUCUCUUGUGCAGCCCCGCUGUCCAUCGGGCGAGUCGAUGCUUUCGGAGCGUGCAGCCUUGCUUCGAGGCGUCCCAACCCUGAGCCCCGUCGGGGUGGCCCUUCCGCCGACCCUUCCAGCGGCGGCGGCGGCGGCUUUGCUGCCGCCUCAGACCGCCGCCAUGGCGGCCUACCUCAACGCGGCGGCCGUGGCGGCGGCGGCCCAACAGUCCCACCGCCUCAUGAUGACCUCGCCGUCCGGCUUCAACCGGGCCUCGGUCUCGCCGCUGAUCUCAUCCUCGUCGUCGCCUCCAGGGGUCUUCCCCGUUGACGCGCCGAUGCACUCUCCGCCCGGUGACGGCAUCUUAGACUUUAGUAAACGUGGCCAAAAAAGUGACGCUGAUAGUGACUCUGACGUAGUUAAUCUCAGUAAACCGGGGACUCCCCCGAGCGGCGAGCCCGGAAACGGCCCUCUUGACCUUAGUGUGAGCAGCCGGAAGCGCUCUAACGACGACUCCGUGUCGCAGCCGCCGAAUCGCAAACCGAGGACUGAUUUCAAACCGCAGGUUCUGCCCCAGUGGCCCUCGCCGAUCGGUGCUUCGCACUUGCCGUAUUUCGCGGCCGCCGUCGCCGCCGCGUCGAAUCUUUCGCCAAAAACAAACAGUUCGCCCGACUUGUGGAACGGCAAAUUGAAACACGGGGGCCCCACCCCUAGCGACGCCACCAAAGCGCUCGAAAAAAUGAGCGAGUUGAGCAAACUCGGCGGCGAGGACUUAUUCCGUACUAUGGCGAACGCCGCCCCAGGAAACUCCGCCAGUAACAGGCACAGCGCUUGGCAGUCGCACUGGUUAAACAAGGGCGCCGAGCAAGCAAAAGACGUGCUGAAGUGCGUCUGGUGCAAGCAGAGCUUCCCCAGUUUAGCCGCGAUGACGACGCACAUGAAGGAAGCGAAACACUGCGGCGUCAACGUUCCCGUCCCUCCAAUGCAAUCACAAAUCAUUAAUCCUCAACCUCAAAUAACAUCGCCUUCGAACACAAACACAAGUACCUCUUCGACUAACUCGAACAAACCGAAUUCAUCCGAUCUCAACAUGUUGAUCAAAGAAACGAUGCCUCUGCCACGAAAGUUAGUUAGGGGACAAGACGUGUGGCUGGGCAAGGGAGCCGAACAAACAAGACAAAUACUCAAGUGUAUGUGGUGCGGACAAAGUUUCAGAUCUUUGGCCGAAAUGACCAGUCACAUGCAACAAACGCAGCAUUACACAAACAUCAUCUCGCAAGAACAGAUCAUUUCGUGGCGGUCGUCGGACGACGCGAAAGGGGGCGGCGGAGGGAGCGGCUCAGGUAACAACCAACCACCGGGGGGACCCAGCAGUCAUGUCAGCGCGGUCCUCACUUGCAAAGUGUGCGACCAAGCUUUCAGUUCUCUGAAAGAGUUGAGUAACCACAUGGUCAAAAAUUCGCACUAUAAAGAACACAUAAUGAGAUCGAUCACUGAAAGUGGGGGUCGCCGAAGGCAGACGAGGGAGAAACGCAAAAAAUCACUCCCCGUGCGAAAACUACUAGAACUCGAAAGAGCCCAACACGAAUUCAAGAACGGUGAUAGUAGCAGUUUACUCGAUAAAAUGCGCGAUCCUUCAGGAGCUGGCAGGAUUACUUGUGAAAAGUGUGGCAAUAAAAUUGACACGUCGCUGUUCGUUGAUCAUAUAAGACAGUGUGUCGGGGGCGGUACCAUAGGAAGCAAUCAAAGAAAUUUCCUCAAAAACGCACUCAUGUCAAAUAAUAUUUUACCACCUGAAAGUCCAACUAGAGAUAAGUCCAAGCAAAACGAAAAGUCCCCUUCACCCCAACAACGGUCACCUUCAGUCACUGACUUAAGUACCAAGGAUGGUACGAAUGUUCCGGAGAGUAAUAACGGAUCUUCCCCUUCUGUUCUCAACGCUAUUGAGAAACUAAUUGAAAAAAGUUUCGACUCAAGAUCUCGGCAAAACUCGUCUUUUCCCGGUCAUGGUCCAACUACAGCUCCCAUGGGUUCUAGUAUUUUAAAACGACUAGGAAUUGACGAAAGCGUCGACUACACCAAACCCUUAGUAGACGCUCAAACCAUGAACUUACUACGAAGUUAUCACCAGCAACAAAGCCAUCAUUACGGUAGACGGGAAAGAAGCGGGAGCGAAUCGAGUUCGAUAUCGGAGCGGUGUAGUAGUCGAGUAGAGUCGUUAACACCGGAACGCAAAAUGGAGCCGCCGGGAGUACCCCUGAACAGCACCCCCAGGUCCACCCCCGACAAGCGGGAGAAAUCGCCAACUUCCGACAAAGCCCAAGAGGCGGACGGCGAAGUCGUAGUAAAAAAAGAAGUAGACGAGGAGGAACGUCUCGAGAAUCACACUAGUGUUAAAAUUAAACGUGAAGCUGAUGACCGCGACGAAGACGAGCGCAGUUUUCACAGUAACGGUGCGAAGGAGGAGGACGAGGACAAGCCCUCGGUGAGUCCGCUGACCAGCCCGCGGCAGCCCGCGGAGACCCACGCGGGCAGCCCCUGUCGGAACAGCGCCAGUCCCGCCAGCAGCGACCGCUCGGGCACUCCGCGGAGCACCAACGGCGACCGGAAGCCGGGCGGCAGCCUGGGGGCGCUGAGUUCGAUGUUCGACAGCCUGUCCGGCAACAACACCGGUGACGCAUUAGCGCCGUCAGGUGGCAAAAAGGGCUCGAGUCAUCCAUUAGCAGCCUUACAAAAAUUAUGUGAUAAGACUGAAACCCACACAAACAACCGCACACACUCUGCGACAUCCAAUUCGAGCGUCAACGCCAACACGAACAAUAUCCCAACGAACGCCGGGACGACUCCCGGGGCGAUUCUGGCCUUCAGCUGGGCCUGCAACGACGCGGUGAUGACCUCGGAUUCGAUAAUGAAGUGCGCGUUUUGCGACACGCCGUUCAUCUCGAAGGGGGCGUACAGACACCACUUGUCGAAAAUGCACUUCGUGAAGGACGGGGUGAUCCCCGACCCGGUGGCGCUCAAGUCGGCGCAGCAGGGCUCGAGCUCGUCCAGCGAGGGGGUGCCGCUGAAGGGCACCGCCGUGCCGCCCCCGAGCGGCUCCAGCGGCCCGGGCUCGACCGGGAGCAAGAGCCCGCCGGUGGCGGGGUUCGAGGAAAGCCCGCAUUCGAAGUUCUUGAAAUAUACGGAGUUAGCUAAGCAGUUGUCUAGCAAGUAUGUGUAAAUAUUGUGCGUGUGCAGAACAUUCCUAUUUUGUAAAGUAUAGUCUCGAAGGCAUGGCCGCUGUGAGCGGUUUAAUAUUGUGAUGUUAUCAUAUCGUCAACCAUAGUAAUAACGGUAGCUAUAGUGAUAUUACAUUGUAAAUUCAUAGCGGAACUACAAAUUCUCAAGUGAUUAUGAUUGUUAUACGAAUUUUAAGUCACAAAAAUCCUGUACAUAGUAUCGAUAAGUCAGUAUUGUAAGAUGUAUACUUCUGAGGGGGCGGCCACCGUCGGUCUGUUUUUGCCAACAAUUUAUUUACUUAUCGUUGGGAGCACGUUUCAAGCUAGUUGCGAUGGACGGUGGUAGCGGACCGGUGCCAUUUCGGCCCUUUGACGUUUAGAAAUUUAAAGUGAAACUAAAUUAGUUGUUGGUCAAAAAUUAAAUCGUACUUUUGGGAGUUUGAAAAUUCGUAUUAAAAAAAUUGUAGUUGUGGUACCAUUGAUUUCAUUCAUCAUGGAAAAACCUAUUUAUUAAGUACGAAUAUUGUAAAAGUUUGAAAUGAAAUUACACAAACACUACGUAUACGUAUAUCGUAAAUAUCUCAUCUUCCAAGAAAGUUUUUAAAUAAAUAUUUAUCAAUAAUUAUACUAUACUGAAUAAUACAAAAGAUGUAUACGCAUUAGCUGAUAUUCAUGGCAAAGCUCCUUUAUGUUAUUGAAAAUUUUUAAACUUUAUUUAAUAUUUUGUUGUAUUUGAACGCAAUGAAGGCUCAAAUAAAUAUAUGUUAUGAACAA